ACCCCCGGGCCGGGACCCCGACAGUGACCGCCAGGUUUGCAGUCUGGAAAGCAAGGUCCAAGAAUGGUGAAGCUGGGGAGUAAUUUGAAUGACAAGAACAACAAAGCACCAUCCAACGAAGAUGGUUUUCAGACAGUUCCUUUGAUCACACCUUUGGAAGUAAAUCACCUGCAGUUCCCAGCUCCGGAAAAGGUAAUUGUGAAAACAAGAACAGAGUAUCAACCUGACCAGAAGAACAAAGGAAAACUCAGAGUGCCCAAAAUUGCUGAAUUCACAGUCAGUUUUACUGAUGGUGUAACAGAAAGACUAAAGGUCACUAUUCUCAUAAGCCUGGCUCUUGCAUUCCUUGCCUGCAUAGUGUUCCUUGUGGUAUACAAAGCCUUCACUUACGACCACAGUUGCCCAGAUGGAUUUGUUUAUAAGCACAAGCGCUGCAUCCCAGCCUCACUGGAUGCUUACUACUCUGCACAGGAUUCCAGCUCCCGGGGCAGGUUCUACACUGUCAUCAGCCACUACAGCAUGGCCAAGCAGAGCAGCUCCCGGGCCGUAUCGCCCUGGCUGUCCUCAGGGUCGGUCAACCACGAAGCCAAGGCUGCCAAGACAGAAGGUCAUUAAAGUUAAUGAGGGGUGAUGUGGAAAGUGGGAGGGGAGGGGACAACACCGUGGCUAUACUGCAUUGCUCUAGCUGAGGGUGCUGGGCUAACAGCACGACAGGAAUAAAUAAAUAAAAACCCGAGUGCAGGAGUCAUCUUAAUGGAUAUUUCUUUUCGUGCAUUGUUCUCGUUGAUUUGUAACUGAGUCAAGCUCUUGUACAAAGGCAUGUUUGAUGUUAACUGUACCUUACGAUGUAAAAAUAUUUUUAAAUCAUUGCUUAACUAUUUGUUAGAAAAA